GGUCUCUCCUCCUUACUACCACCAUGGGACUUGCAACACAGGAUGCCCAAGUUCAUCCAGCCUCCAAGCUUGGGGAAUAUAAAGUGAUCAAGGACAUCGCAGAAGGAACUUUUGGUAUUGUCAGGAUGGCCGUUCACACAAUUACCGGACAUCAUGUAGCAAUGAAAUAUAUAUCCAAGGCCGCAAUAUCUAGAGAGAAAACGAAAAACAGAGUUCGAAGAGAGUUUGAGUACAUGCGAGCCUUAAGACACCCCCACAUAAUCAAGCUCUACGAGGUCAUCUUUACCACAACGGACAUCAUAUUUGUUUUGGAAUACGCAGGUGGAGAGCUUUUCAACUACAUCGUUGAGCAUGGUCGCAUGCAUGAGACUCGUGCCAGGCGAUUUUUCCAGCAAAUCAUCUCUGGAAUAGAAUAUUCUCACCGACUUAAAAUCGUGCAUCGCGAUCUUAAGCCAGAGAAUGUUUUACUGGAUGACGAUCUCAACGUCAAAAUCGCAGAUUUCGGACUUUCAAGUGAAAUCAGCGAUGGCGACUUCCUUAGCACUAGCUGUGGAAGUCCCAACUACGCAGCUCCUGAAGUGAUACGAGGAGGUGUUUAUGCUGGACCUGAGAUUGACGUGUGGAGCUCCGGUGUUAUUUUGUAUGUUAUGCUUUGCGGCAGGCUUCCAUUCGAAGACGAUGAUGUGCAGCUACUCUUUUCCAAAAUUAGUCGUGGAGAAUAUCACACACCAUCCUACCUUUCUCCCGAUGCACGAUCCCUCAUUCAGUCAAUGUUGGCUGUGGAUCCAGUUAAACGUAUCACGAUCCCCGAUAUUAUUCAACAUCCAUUCUUUACUACCGACCUUCCUGCGUACCUUUCUCCGUUACCUCCGAAACCAGGACCCGUCCUUGGAACGUUGGCCACAUUGGUUUCCCCUCCAAUCCAUCCCAUGGAUUUCGAAAUAAUUGAAGGUCUGGGCAGAAUUGAAGAAGACGUUGUGGAAGAACUGGCGGGAAGAAUGCAGGGAGUUACAAAAGAGGACGUUUGGGAAGCUCUGAGAAGGGAAGACGGGGUCAACGGUAAUGCAGUCAAAGUGGCGUAUAUGUUAUUGAGGGAUAAGAGGAGAUUGGGGAAAGAUUUGUCAGUGUUCGCAGAACAAGAAAGAGAGGCCGAGCUAGCCGCCAGAGAUCCACGAAAUGCCCUUUCUCCGGGCGCCCUAUCACCAGGUGGAGUCAACGACCUCGAAGUGAAUCCUUUCGAACAAGAGUUUAUAUCUGGUGAUACAGAGGAGCUUUUGGAUGGGGAGCAGGAUGAUAUAGAGGAUGAGUUAGUUCUGGAGGGCGACGGAGGCGAAAAUCCUCAACAGAACCACCACAACGGCGAUGGUUUUGCCGUUCUCAACUCAAGUUUGCCUGAAGGACAACCACACGAUGGAAUAGCGCGUGGCGGUGGUCAAGGUCCACAUUCCAGUUCUUCAGCAUCUUCGUCAUCACGACGGGAGAGAGGUGGUAGCGGAAGUUCUCGCAGAAGCCGACAUCCUUCCCACCCAUCGCCCUCACAUUCCUCACCCUCACAAACAGACCCUACUGUCGCCCGAACGAAAUGGCAUUUUGGCAUUCGAAGUCGGAGCCCACCGAUGGAGAUCAUGCUGGAAAUAUACAAGACAUUAAAGGUGUUGGGUAUGGAGUGGAAGGAGAAAAAGAACUUGGGAGGGCUAGGUGGAGUCAAAACUAGAUUGGUAUCGGAUGGCGAUGCAGAUGGUGGAGGUGAUAGUGACGCUAUGAGCGGGCCAAGGAAAAUGAAACUUGAGCGUGUCAAGCGGCUGGAUGGACCAGGCGAAGUGGAUUUACGCUUAGCAAGCGGAAUUUACUUUGUUGAGACACGAGCCCGGGUUCAAAACGUGGUGGUAUAUAUGAACCUCCAGCUCUACAUGGUCGAUUCGACGAACUAUCUCGUUGACUUUCAUCACAAGAAGACUUGUCGGGUCUCGUCCGAGCCUGGUGCGGGCAAGUUCGACAUAAUCCCUCCAUGCAAUUCGACCAAUCAUCAACACACUUCUUCCUCGUCCGCACCGACAUCUGCGCCGACGUCUGCACCUACAUCUGCUCCAGACUCACCUGUUAUCGUCACAACAGGUGAGAACGAACGUCCACCAUCAAUCUUCGAAAACGGGAUACACACUGCAGGCGGCGCCGCUCCGGCUGCUACGACCAAAGAAAAGGCCAAAGAGGCAGGACUCAAAGAUGAUGAUGUUGUUUCGCCCUACGUGUUCAUGGAUGUAGCAUGCCGACUGAUUUUGGAACUGGCCGGUGGAGGUGAGUAA